AUGCCUGUGUCGAUAUCAGGAGAUCCAAAUACCUCCCCCGACCAUUCUUCUUCUAUUGAGUCCAAUGGUGCCCAUCACAUCGAGCUCAUCACUAUCUGCGACAUUCAGGAGAAAUUCCGCAAUGCCAUCUGGGAAUUUCCCAAGGUGGUAGCCACGAGUCAGAAGCUGGUUAAAGCAGCCAAAAUCCUCAACAUCCCCGUUUUCGUCACGACGCAAAACGCCUCGCGCCUCGGCGCCACCGUCCCGGAACUCACCUCUCUCAUUCCCGAGACCACGCCCGAGGCGAUCGACAAGACGGCGUUUUCGAUGCUCGUCCCCGCGCUGCAGACGCACCUGCAAUCCCUGACCUCUUCGCCCAGCGACAAGCUCUCCGUGCUGAUCGUCGGCAUCGAGACGCACAUCUGUGUCACGCAGACGACCCUCGACCUGCUCGCCGCGGGGCACAAGGUCUACGUCAUCGCCGAUGGCGUCUCGUCGUGCAACGCCGGCGAGAGACCCGUCGCCCUACACCGGCUGGCGCGCGAGGGCGCCAUCGUCACCACCAGCGAGAGCGUGCUGUUCGAGUUGCUUGGCGAUGCCAAAGAUGAGAAGUUCAAGGCCGUUAGUGGCUUGGUCAAGGAGACAAAGGAGGAGACGCGCCAGGCUGUCGAGACGUUUUGUCGCUUGUAG